AUGAUUGCCGCCAACGAAACACAGACCGACUGGUCGGCACCCAGCCAAAAGUCCAUCGACGAUGAUCGCCCGAUCAAAGUGAUUUGCAUAGGAGCGGGCAUUUCUGGCAUGCUCACAGCCAUCCGGUUUCCUCAGAAGAUCAAGAAUCUAGACCUUGUCAUCUACGACAAAUCCGACGACAUUGGAGGAACGUGGCACGAGAAUCGAUACCCGGGCGUGGCCUGUGACAUUCCUGCACACAGUUACCAAUUCACAUUUGCGAACAACCUCAACUGGAGUUCUUUCUACGCCGCGGGCCCUGAGAUCCAUCGCUACCUGAAGAAUGUAGCUCGACGAUACGAUGUCGAGCGAUACGUCAAACUCCGACAUCUUUUCCUGGGAGCCCAGUGGCAGGCGGCCGACGGAAAAUGGGAGGUCGAGAUUGAAGAUCUCGAGAGUGGAAGAAAAUUCACUGACCGGGCAGACAUCUUGAUCAGAGCUACCGGAAUUCUAAAUCGAUGGGAGUGGCCCGACAUUCCAGGCCUUCGUGAUUUCAAAGGGACUCUCCUACACUCGGCGAAUAGAAAGAGCUGGGAGACUCCGCUGGAUCCCAAGGGGAAAAGAAUAGCUGUCAUUGGGGGUGGCUCGUCGGGAAUCCAGAUUGUGCCUCAGCUCCAACCCACCGCGGCUCGAAUUGACCAUUACAUGAAGGGCAAGACAUGGGUGUCGCCAGUUGGUUACGGAUCCGACAAAUCCAACCGAGGAGUGACGGAUAACUAUAAAUACUCGGAGGACGAGCUGAGGACGUACCGCGAGAAUCCCGACGAGUAUAUCAGAUACCGGCGGGAAAUCGAACGGAUCAUGAACGCCAAACCCGAGAUCCUGUUCAAGGGCACCGAGGAGCAAAAGGCCUUCUUCGCGCUCAACGACGAGUCGAUGAAGCAGAAACUCUCCAAGAAGCCACACAUCUACGAGAGCCUGCGGCCGGACUUUUCGCCCUUUUGCCGCCGGCUCACGCCCGGUCCAGGCUUCUUGGAGGCGCUGGUCGAGGACAACGUCGAAUUCAUCGGCUGUGGCAUCGACACCGUGGUGGAGAACGGUAUCAAGGCCAACGACGGAAAGGUGCGCGAGGUGGACGUGAUCAUCUGCGCCACAGGCUACGAUACAUCCAUGGAAAACGAACCGCCCAUCGUCGGACUCGAUGGCAAGACCCUCGCCGAUAUGUGGAAUCCCGACCCCCAGGCCUAUCUCUCGAUCUGCGUGCCGAAGAUGCCUAACUUUUUCAUCUUCUUUGGCCCCAACGGCGGCGCCGGAUCCGGGUCGGCAAUCCCCUUCCUCGAGUCGGUGACGCUCUACCUCGUCAAGCUGGUGCAGAAGAUCCAGCGAGAAUACAUAAAGUCCAUGGUUGUUACGGAGAAAGCCACCAGCGACUUUGUACGACACGUCGACGAAUACUUUUCCAAGACAGUUUUUACCGAAACGUGCAAAUCGUGGUUCAAACGCAACAAGCAAAACGGGCGCGUCACGGCCCUCUGGCCCGGCGCGUCGAUCCACACGCAAAAGGCGCUGGAAAACCCGCGCUACGAGGAUUUCCAGUACGAGUACCUCGACGCCCUGGGCUCCAACACCAUGGCGUGGUUGGGCAACGGGACGACCGUGGCGCAGGUCAGCGGGGAGGACACCACAGAGUAUCUGGUCGACAAUGACGUUCCGCCGCCGAUUGUGGAGGGGGUUCAUGAGUGGGAUAACUAA